AUGAAAAUCCGAAUUUUCUGUACGCUCCUAUUGAUGCUGUUCGGCGCCAGAAUUGACGGUUUUUCAGUGCACGGCCCGGCUGAGCCUCUAAUUGUUCAGCGUGGAGACUCUGUGAUGCUGCCAUGUUCUGUGGACACCCCACUACCCCUGCAGGAGCUGGAGGUGGAGUGGAAAAGGACAGACUCUGAGACCAUGGUGCACCUGUUCCAAGAUGGAGAGAUCAGGCCAGAGUCACAGGAUGAAAGAUACAGUGGAAGAGCUGAGUUUUUUGCUGAGGAAAUCCCCAAAGGCAAUUUCUCUUUGCUGCUUGUAAAUGUGACUCAGCAAGACCGAGGGAAGUACAAGUGUGUCGUUCACACAAGCCAGGAGUCAAGGGAAGCAUAUGCAGAUUUAGUCAUGGAAUGGCUGGUAGUGAUGGGUACAGAUGAGCCUGUUUUUGUGUAUGUGGGUGAGGAUGUGAUUCUUAACUGUUCUGUGGACACCCAUGUUCCUGCUGAAGAAUUAGUGGUUGAGUGGAUAAAGACUGACCAAGAAAUCCUGGUGCUGCUGUUCCUUGAGGGGGAGAACAAACUUGAGUCCCAGCAUGAGAGGUACAGUGGACGUGCCGAGUUCUUCACUGAGGAGAUCCCCAAAGGCAACUUCUCUAUGAAGCUGAGAAAUGUGAGAACUGAAGACAGGGGGGAAUUCAUGUGCAAAGUCCAUACAAUAACAGAAUCAGUCAAUGCAACAGCAUGGAUAAAGGAACUGGGUAAGUGGCAUGUGAGACUGAUGCAGUGA